AUGCCCGGCAUCUCUCUCUCCACCUUACGCCUUUUCCCCUGUGCUCCCACUGACUCGUCUGAAUUUUACGUUCGGUUCAAGGGUCCCACAGAGAAAGCUCCCUUUGAAGGUGGUCUGUGGAAGGUCCAUGUCGAACUACCAGACUCAUACCCGUACAAGUCGCCGAGUAUCGGAUUUGUUAACCGCAUCUUCCACCCAAACAUCGACGAGCUACACCAGGGGUGUGCGAUUCAGCAGACUGACAGGAUACAUCUUAGUUCCGGCUCCGUCUGCCUCGACGUCAUCAACCAGACUUGGUCGCCCAUGUACGACAUGAUCAACAUAUUUGAAGUCUUUCUGCCCCAGCUGCUGCGAUACCCCAAUCCCACCGACCCUCUCAAUGGCGAGGCUGCAGCCCUGCUCAUAAGGGAGCCCAAGAACUACGACAUAAAGGUCAAGGAAUACGUCCAAAAGUACGCCAAUAAGGAUGCUGCCGACGACGCUGGUGCCGAAAGCGAAGAUGACGACGACCUCUCAUCGGUGGCUAGCUUUGACGAGGACGAGGAGCCAGCUGGUCAGAUGGACGACGUAUAA